AUGCUUGUUGCUUUCAACUUUCUGCCUCAAGCUCGAAAGGGUUGCAUCAAAAUUUGCGAAAUCCUCAUUGUAACCGCGCCGCUCCAGCUGUGGAAAGUUGGUGUAAACGAAAACGGAGGUGAAGCACAAACACUGAAGAACAAAGCGGAAGCAGAAAAGCUUCUCAAUAUUGCAAACGCUAUGAUGAACAUGGAAGGGAUGUUAGAGGCAGCCGAAAGCCCCCCUCCAGACUCAAUAAAACUCGAUGAGGAAAAGAAAAAAAUACUAGACAAGAAGAAUCCCAUACCUGGACCCCAUCAUCCAACGUACCUCACAAUGAUCAAGGGAGCAGUGCUCGCCUUGAAUGAGGGCAAGGGAGCGAGCAAGCCAGCUAUCUUGAAAUAUCUGGCGCAGCACUACCAACUGGGGGAGAAUCUUCCAAAGGCAGAUAAAUUCGCAUUUGUGUUCGGCUCUCAGGAAAGGCACCAAGGGCGUCCAAAAUAUCCUCAUCUGACAGAUCUGAGUGAGUCAUUGGAAAGUUGGAUGAAAUCAAUAGUGGAGACAAAAGGUACGGGUGCGUCGGGAAGCUUCAAAAUGGCUCCUUCCUCAAAGAUCGGCAUGGAAAGCGGACGCGUAACGUUGAAGAAAGUCGGUACACGAAAGCCAGUUGCAGAAAAGAAGAAAACAGCAGCAAAAUCUGCAGCUAAACCAAAAGCAGCUCCUAAGAAACGCAUCGCGAAAAAAACUCCCAAG